GUAUCAGUGCUCCGCUGGCUCUCGGAAGCUCCGACUGUCUCCGCCGCUGUCGUCCGAACCGCACCGCGUUUAUCUUCGGCUGAGAGACUCGAGGCGCUCCGGUCUUCCCGCCAUGGUUGAUUACCACGCCGCCAACAGCGCCUCCUCCUCCGGCCAGCAAAGCUACAUGGAGCCGGAGAGCGACUGGGACCGAGACCUGCUGCUGGACCCGGCCUGGGAGAAGCAGCAGAGGAAGACGUUCACGGCCUGGUGUAACUCGCACCUGCGUAAGGCAGGAACUCAGAUAGAGAACAUCGAGGAGGACUUCAGAGACGGCCUGAAGCUCAUGCUGCUGCUGGAGGUCAUUUCAGGUGAGAGGUUACCUAAGCCUGAGAGAGGGAAGAUGAGAGUCCACAAGAUCAACAACGUCAACAAAGCGCUGGACUUCAUCGCCAGCAAAGGAGUCAAACUGGUGUCCAUAGGAGCAGAGGAAAUCGUGGACGGAAACGUGAAGAUGACUCUGGGAAUGAUCUGGACCAUCAUCCUCCGCUUCGCCAUCCAGGACAUCUCAGUGGAGGAAACCUCUGCUAAAGAAGGGCUGCUGCUGUGGUGUCAGAGGAAGACGGCUCCGUACAAGAAUGUCAACGUGCAGAACUUCCACAUCAGCUGGAAGGAUGGACUGGCCUUCAACGCUCUGAUCCACAGACACCGACCCGAACUCAUCGACUACGACAAACUGCGGAAGGACGACCCGGUGACCAACCUGAACAAUGCAUUUGAAGUGGCUGAGAAAUACCUGGACAUUCCUAAGAUGUUGGACGCAGAAGACAUCGUGAACACCGCUCGUCCAGAUGAGAAGGCUAUAAUGACCUAUGUGUCCAGUUUCUAUCACGCCUUCUCUGGAGCUCAGAAGGCUGAGACGGCGGCCAAUCGGAUCUGUAAGGUUCUGGCUGUCAAUCAGGAGAACGAGCACCUGAUGGAGGACUACGAGAAACUGGCCAGUGAUCUGUUGGAGUGGAUCCGCAGGACGAUCCCCUGGCUGGAGAACCGCGCUCCGGAGAAGACGAUGGCAGAGAUGCAGCAGAAGCUGGAGGACUUCCGUGAUUAUCGCCGCGUCCACAAACCUCCCAAAGUCCAGGAGAAGUGCCAGCUGGAAAUCAACUUCAACACCCUGCAGACCAAACUGAGGCUCAGCAACCGGCCGGCCUUCAUGCCUUCAGAGGGACGCAUGGUGUCGGACAUUAACGGGGCGUGGCAUACGCUGGAGGGGGCGGAGAAAGGUUAUGAAGAAUGGCUGCUGUACGAGAUACGCAGACUGGAGAGACUCGACCACCUCGCCGAGAAAUUUCGGCAGAAAGCCGCCAUCCACGAGAGCUGGACCGAUGGUAAGGAGGCGAUGCUGACGCAGAAGGACUACGAGACGGCGUCUCUCUCUGAGAUUAAAGCUCUGCUGAAGAAACAUGAAGCCUUCGAGAGUGACCUCGCCGCUCACCAGGACCGAGUGGAGCAGAUCGCGGCCAUCGCUCAGGAGCUGAAUGAACUGGACUACUACGACUCUCCCAGCGUGAACGCUCGCUGUCAGAAGAUCUGUGAGCAGUGGGACUCUCUGGGUUCUCUCACACAGAACCGCAGAGAAUCUCUGGAGAGGACGGAGAAGCAGCUGGAGUCCAUCGAUGAGUUAUACCUCGAGUACGCCAAGAGGGCGGCGCCGUUCAACAACUGGAUGGAAGGAGCCAUGGAGGACCUGCAGGACAUGUUCAUCGUCCACAACAUCGAAGAGAUCCAGGGUUUGAUCACGGCUCAUGAACAGUUUAAGGCCACUCUGCCUGAGGCCAAUAAGGAGCGGGAAGCCAUCCAGGCCAUCCAGGCUGAGGUGCAGAAGAUCGCGCAGUACAACGGCAUCAAACUGGCCGGAACCAACCCGUACACCACCAUCACCCCCAGCAGCAUCGACAGCAAGUGGGACAAAGUGCAGCAGCUGGUGCCUCAGCGUGACCAGGCCCUGCAGGAGGAGCUCGGCCGCCAGCAGUCCAACGACCAUCUCCGACGCCAGUUCGCCAACCAGGCCAACGUCGUGGGACCGUGGAUCCAGAACAAGAUGGAGGAGAUUGGGCGGAUAUCCAUAGAGAUGAAUGGGACUCUGGAGGAUCAGCUGACCCACCUGCGUCAGUAUGAACAGAGCAUCAUCGACUACAAGCCCAACAUCGACCAGCUGGAGGGAAAUCACCAGCUCAUCCAGGAGGCCCUCAUAUUCGACAACAAGUACACAGCCUACACCAUGGAGCACCUGCGCGUGGGCUGGGAGCAGCUCCUGACCACCAUCGCCCGCACCAUCAACGAGAUCGAGAACCAGAUCCUGACCAGAGACGCUAAAGGCAUCAGCCAGGAGCAGCUGCACGAGUACCGAGCGUCCUUCAACCACUUCGACAAGGACCACAGCGGCGCUUUAAUGGCCGAGGAGUUUAAGGCGUGUUUGAUCAGCCUCGGUUACGACGUGGAGAAUGACAAACAGAAGCGUACGGGGAUCAUGGACUCAGACGAUUUCCGCGCUCUGCUCAUUUCCACUGGGAACAGUCUGGGUGACGCUGAGUUUGCCCGCAUCAUGGGCAUCGUCGACCCAAACAACAGCGGCGCGGUGACCUUCCAGGCCUUCAUCGACUUCAUGUCCCGGGAAACGACAGACACGGACACGGCCGACCAGGUCAUCGCUUCCUUCAAGAUCCUGGCUGGAGACAAAAACUAUAUAACGGCGGAGGAGCUGCGGCGGGAGCUGCCCCCGGAUCAGGCGGAGUACUGCAUCAGCCGCAUGGCGCCGUACGCCGGGCCAGACGGCGUACCCGGGGCGCUGGACUACAUGUCCUUCUCCACCGCUCUCUACGGAGAGAGCGACCUCUAAAGGCCCAAAUCUCUCUCUCCUCUCUCUCUUCUCUCUCUCUCUCUUCUCUCUCUCUCUCUUCUCUCUCUGACCCUCGAUCGCCCUCCCUCACACGCGCCCACCCUGUCCAGUCUGAGCCGGGGCGGCGCUGUGGGGGAGAGGAGGAGAGGAAGAGCUGCAAACGGGACUUUAAAGCACACCUUAUGGGGCGGGGCCAGGAUAUGGUGGGGUGGGGUUGUGGGUGGGGCUUACAAAGCGGAUGGGGCUUGUACCCAGUGGAUUUUGCGGGUGCAGACGGUCAGGGUAGUCCGGGUCAGCGCAGGAUUUGAUACGAGCUCACGCGCCUGCAGACUUUAUUAUUAUUAUUAUUAUUAUUAUUAUUAUUAUCAUUUGGGUUUUGUUUGUUUUUUUUCGUAGUCCUGGAUGAUGAACUAAUGAAGAGAGUUAUUCAUUUACGUUAGCCUUUAAUUAGUUUGAGAUUCUCACCAGCAGAAGAAGAAGAGUCGGAUGAGCGAUCCGCCCUCAAUCCAGCAAGUAAUAAAUAAUAAAUAAAGGAGAGGCUGAAAUAGUUGAGGUGAAGUUUCGCGCUGAA